UUGGCCACGCAGGUGAAGCAGGGCAGAUAGCUGGAUUUUAGCGUUGGGUACCUGGGAGCCAGAUUUUCGGGCGGAACUGUUUUGCGCUUUGGGCGUUGUAGCCGGUGCGAUUAAAGAACGGCUUUAUUUCCGGUCUACCGGAAGCAAUUUGAAAAUGGCGUCUUCCUCUUCGUACGCGUCUGCUACAGCAGCUGGGAAAAGUGAAUUUCGCAGGCAGAAGCGGAAGCCGGAGAACCAAGAUGAGUCAGAACUCCUCACUGUUCCUGAUGGAUGGAAGGAACCAACUUUCUCUAAAGAGGACAAUCCCAGAGGACUCUUGGAGGAAAGCAGCUUUGCCACCUUGUUCCCAAAAUACAGAGAGGCUUACUUAAAAGAGUGUUGGCCUUUGGUGCAGAAAGCCUUGAAUGAACAUCAUAUUAAUGCAACUCUGGACUUGAUUGAAGGCAGCAUGACUGUUUGUACUACAAAGAAGACUUUUGAUCCAUAUAUCAUCGUUAGGGCCAGAGACCUAAUAAAGCUGUUAGCAAGGAGUGUUUCAUUUGAACAGGCAGUACGGAUACUUCAGGAUGAUGCUGCAUGUGACAUUAUUAAAAUUGGUUCUUUAGUAAGAAAUAAAGAGAGAUUUGUAAAAAGAAGACAGCGGCUUAUUGGUCCCAAAGGAUCUACAUUGAAGGCAUUGGAACUCUUAACAAACUGUUACAUUAUGGUUCAGGGAAAUACUGUUUCAGCCAUUGGACCUUUCAGUGGCCUAAAAGAGGUUCGAAAAGUAGUCCUUGAUACAAUGAAGAAUAUUCAUCCAAUUUAUAACAUUAAAACAUUAAUGAUUAAACGAGAAUUGGCAAAAGAUUCUGAAUUACGUUCACAAAGUUGGGAAAGGUUUUUGCCACAGUUCAAGCACAAAAAUGUGAACAAACGCAAGGAACCAAAGAAGAAAACUGUGAAGAAAGAGUACACACCAUUCCCACCACCACAGCCGGAAAGCCAGAUUGAUAAAGAAUUGGCUAGUGGUGAAUACUUCUUGAAGGCAAAUCAGAAGAAGCGACAGAAAAUGGAAGCAAUAAAGGUGAAACAGGCAGAAGCUCUCAGUAAGAGACAAGAAGAAAGAAACAAAGCAUUUGUUCCACCUAAAGAAAAACCAGUUGUGAAACCUAAAGAAGCUUCUACCGAAACUAAAAUUGAUGUGGCGUCUAUCAAGGAAAAGGUUAAGAAAGCAAAGGUCAAGAAACUGGGAGCUCUUACAGCUGAUGAACUUAAGCUUAAGAUGGAAGCAGAUGAAAAGAAAAAGAAGAGGAAAAAGUGACAUUAGAAAGAUAUCCUGAACUAGAGCUUCGGAGCCAUCUCCUUUUGUAAAGGAUUUUGAGAUAUGAAGGCAUUUGUUGCUUUACCUGUGAGCGAUAACAUUCAGGAAAAAAUGACCAGAGUUUCUGUUCACAGACAGUAUUCCUUCUAAGUAUGUUCUCCAUGUUGUUUGGAAGAAGGGAGUGCUGGAAAGUGGAGCUGCCUUUGUGUGUUUUGUGCCUCAUCAGUUCCCUGGUGGUUUUUACCCAAAUAUGACUUUACCCAAACAUGACUUUAGGAGUAACUUUUGAAAAUUAUGUAGAUUUUUACAGUGAGACCAUUGAUUGAUUAUCUGUUGAAUCCAACACCGGGUGCCAUUGUUUAGUCUUGGUGCCAUUGGUUAGUUUUUAUAAUAUUCAAAAGCUUUUGGUUUUGAGGAAAAUAAAUGCAAAAAUUUCACUGCUUUCUCCCAUGCUAAUGAUUAGUAUUUUUGGCUUAUUCCUUUCUGCAGUUUCCUUCCAAGAUUAAGCAGCACACAAGCAGAAAUCAAAUCCCUGUUACUAUUCUACUCUGAGUCUCUGGAAAUGGUACCAGAAAGACAUCUAGUUGCAUAGGAGCAGGGAAAUCCGGGUGUUGAGUGGAGGCAGCAUGUGAGGAGUAAUGAUUUCUUUUUCUUUUUGAGAGGCUCUUGCUUUGUGGCUUGGCCUAGCCUGUCUUCUUGCUUCUACCUUCCGGUGCUGAUGUUAUAGGUGUGGGCUACCUUGCCUGGCCAGAAUAAUGUUUUUAAACUAGCAAGAGCUACUGUAAUUACUUAGAAUUAUCUAAAUGUAGCUCACUCAUUUAUGGCUUUGGAAACUGAAACAUAGUGAGUAGGUUACAGCUGUGGCAACCUGAAACUAUUUAUUCAUAGAAAAGGAGAAAAAAGAGUUAGAAAGGUGAGCUAGUUCUUUUGACUAAGGCUUUAUUGAAACAUUUUUCUGAAACAUUUGAAAAACAGAAAUUGCC